GUUGGUGUCUUGUGUCUUGUCUUGGUGUCUGUCGUUGAAGUUACAUUCUUUUUUGAUGGAAUUGGAGUGUAACGUUAGCAGCAACUGAGAUUAAUUAACCCUUUAAAUUUUACCCUCGAGUGUCGGGGUCUUAACCAUGAAUAUAUAGAAAAGAGAUAUCUUAUUGGGCUGCAGGGGUGUCUACAAAGUACGUUAAGUAACUUAGGCCUAAGUUACAGUUAACGCUUGCUGACGCUAAUUUAUCUCUCUGCUUAUUGGGGUGCUGUGAUUUCAGCGACGCGGAAACACACGGAAUUUGAUAAAAGUGGAAUCAACUGUAAAAUGCGGUUUAAAGUUAUCUGCCAAAACGUUGAGGCAGUUCCUAUAGAAAUAGGAUUUUUUCCCUAGUUAUAUUUUUUUGAAGUGAACAGAAAAAACUGCAAUGUUUUGGUUAUUUACAGGCACGCUGCCUCUGGAUUUCAGCUCAACAGUAUGAUGAUAUUGCAGCGCCAUCUGGUGGCUACAGAUUAAUUUAGAGCCACUGUUACAAUAUUAGCCUCUGUGGUUAUUUUUAUUUCAAUGUAAGUGAAGGAGAAUCUAAUAUACAACUACAAUAAGGAUUAUAAGGACAUGUACGUACUUAUAAACACACACAGAACUAAACUCAGUCAAUCAAAGCUCACAUGAUUAUAAUAUGUCAAAAGUUUUCAAUAUACUAAUAGACUGGUGAAUCAAAAUCAGGAGGUAGACAUGAUAGAACUGUGUAAAUUAUGUUCAACUAUUUACACCAUCUCAGGUGUGACCAAAACUACAGCGACCCCCAGUGCAUGGAAGAAACACACAUGAUCAACAGUCCAACUCUCUGAGAUAGAAAGCUCAGUGCUGUCAAGAUACAUACAGUCCACAUCCUGAAGCAUGCUGGCUGGCUGUAUGCGUACACAACGUUGGCAUGUGUUGAUUCUACAACUGCAGCAUGCAGCCGGUUGGGUCACAGAAAGGAAUUUCUACCAAAAGCCAGCUGUUCGAUUCUCUGGAAGUGUAUUUGAACAACAAGAACAGACUGCAACCCAUUAUUGGCCUAGGCAGCAUUAUAGAAUGUAUGAAGGCGGGUGCACAAAACAAACAAGCACUGUACCUGUGUGAGGUGUGUGUGUGUCGACUUAGUAAAGCUGACAUGCGGAACCACAUUACGGGAAGUCUCCACAGAUACAACUACAUUAAAGCCUGGCAUCCCCACUUAGUGUCUGAAUGGAAGGACAAGUUCGACCUGUCCAAGCUGGCUUGGCCACUGAUGAAGAUGGCCAAGAUACUUGAGGAAAAAGAGGGACCUGGAGAUGUCCAGUUGUUAGAGGUUGAAGACGCCACAUACCAGAAGAUGGCAACACACACGGAGAAUAACGUGGUAACUCUGAUAAAUAUCUUAAGAUAUGGGCAGGGGCAGGGUAAACCUGAGAACCAUUCAGAGACCACAUCUGUGCUGUUCAAGCACAAUCCCAUCCAUCCGCAGAGGAUUGUAUUGCCUCCCCAGAACCAGCGGAGACAGUCCAAGAAAUCCCUCAGGACCUCAGCAGAGACUAACAAGCCUCCAUCUCUGAUACAGUCCACUUUGGAUUCUAUCAAGGCAGAAGACUGGUUAAGCAACAUGUCUGUAUCACUGUUGGACAAUACUCCGAUGUCAGCCGAACCCUCUGUGUUAUCAGAGAAGAGCAGCAGCUUCAUUGAUAGCUACACAGGAACUGAGCCCCUGAUUGGUCUUUUCCGCCUGGUUGAGUGUAGAGGUGAAGACGGCCACACAUACUGUUUUUUAUGUCACUGCUGCCGCAUCAAAUCCACCAAAAAGGACAUCAUCGAUCACCUAACCAGCUCUUCCCAUCUCAUGAACUACUUGAUGGAAAGUCAUCCUGAGCAGGUGGAUGUAAUGAUGGCAGAUAUUAAGGACAACGAUCAUAUUCUCCUGUCACUGGCCAAGAAAGUGGAGCAAGAGGAGGGAAGAGGAGAGCUGAAGGUAUCAUAUUUGCUCAUAUGCACACAUUAUCCAGCCUUGGUGAUGCUAGGUGUACCUAAAAAGGUCUCGAGUUCAUUUCUACUCCUAUGUCCAUCAAAAUGUUCAAACAUCUCAUGUUUCCAGGUGGUAAACGCACCAGAAUCCCUCUGUAUCCAACUGACUGGCAAAAGUUACCACUGGUGUAUAAAGAUGCUGUGUAAUGAUUGGACACAUACUAAAAUCCAAAAGGCCAAAAUAGCUGUCAAAGGGCCGAGUAUGAACAAGACUUCAAAUCAAGGCAUUCCAGAGAAAUGUGCAAAAAGGAGGAGAUCAAGGAGGAAGACGAGGAAAGUGAGUAAUACGGUGUUCAAGGUAAGCCUGCCUCUUACCAAAGGUGCAGUGCUGCUGGAGAGGACGUCUUUGAGUGUGGACAGCUUCCCUGUAUCAUCCGCAUACUCACCUUCAUUGGACUCGGAUCUCAUUCCCUUGCCAGAGUCUCAGUCAGAGGACUGUGAGGCUGGAUCAUUUGCAGUUAACCAUGCUGAACACACAUCAAUGGGUACAACCCCACAACUUCAGCAAGACCUCUAUAUUGGACAUGCAGGCGCUGGUCAGUACAUGGGGCCAGAAAUAACCUUCACAGUCAGACAAGAGGUGAAUGAAGAGGCAAAUGGUUACUUCAAUGACAAUCAGUACUUCAACCAGCCUGAAGACAUAACUGAGCCAAAAGACAAACGGUUUUAUGAGCCAAAUGAAUACAACAGACAGCACAAUUCUGAAGAAAGAUCAAGUAAAAGGUUUUACAAUGAGUGCCAAAAUGAAGGCCCACAGACACACAACAAGGGGCUGUCGGCUGCUGCGCCCCACACUCAGGACUGGUUAUCUUAUGACUCUUCCAGCAGAAUUGAGAAAGAUUACACUGAGCAGUGGUACAAUUCCGGCACAAGGGUAAAAGUGCCAAGAGAAGAGAGACCAAGAGAGACGAGUGCAGACGCAACUCAACAUUAUUACCAACAAUGGCCCCAAUAUCAGGACAUGACACAAGAGCAUACAAGUCUUUGGACAGGUGGUGUGGAGCAGCACACAGCAGGCGAAUUGGCGCCUCAUUUUGAUGCUGUUAGGAUUAACAUGCAUCCUCGCUUCGGAGAUUCCCUUGCUCACAGUUGCAGCAUUGCUCCAGAGCCUAGAGCACAGUUUCUUGAGAUUGAACAGAGACAAUUGCAAACAUACAUGGAGUUCACCAUUGGCCAUGUCCCGAUAGCUCCACAUAGUAAUAUGACACAAACUACGGCCCAUCAAGCCACCCAAGUAGGCCAUGUGGUGAUGUCUAACCCCAACUACAAUACUGGGCCAUGGACAAACCCUGACCAUCACCUUCCUCAUCCAGUCGGUGGCGGGGAUGGUCACGGUAUGUACCGGUCAAAUGCUUUUAUCCCACCUGGGCAAGCUCUGAAUUAUGGGGCCCACUCUGAUCCUAAUUUCAGAGCUACUGGUUUGUAAGGUUUGCUGACUUCAGGAAGUAAAGAUGGAACAAAAACUCCAUUAUGUUUACAUAAGACAAUUUGAAUUGUGCAUAUAUUGCCACACGACACUGAGACCAUGUUUCUACCCAAGAAACUGGUAGCCAUUGAAUAAAAUGGCACUUAGAUGGUCCAGCAUGAGCUCCACUCGGGCUGUGGCAUUUUUAAUGUUCUAAAAUAAACGUAUCUGGUUUCUGUCAGAAAUGGGAAUCUUCUAAUGGAGGGAUGUUUUGUCUGUAGUAAUACAACCUUCAUAGCCUCUGAGAUCAGUAUUAAACUUUCUCCCCUUUGAUUUUCAGUUAGAACAUUUAUUUUAUAUGACAAAGUAUUCUUUUAACAUGAAACUGACAAGGAUUUUACAUUUUAAUUCACCCAAAUCUGUAAACUGAUGAAAUUUACCAUUAAAUUGAAAUGAGCCUAGUUUGUGACAUUUCCUUGGAUGUGCUUUGACAUAUAGGUGUUGUAGGUGUUACGUCACAUGGUUACAUAUAAACAGGUAUUGCCUUCUGAUUUAAAAUGAAGGAUAUUUAAAAUUAUACUUUGUUUUUGUUAUCCAAGAAUUUAAAAGUGACUUUUUAUGCAAGCAGUAUUGGCUCAUUCAUUUAAAGGGAAAAGUACUAGAAUGUAAUCAUAUUUUUCUAGGUUUUACAUGUAUCCUAACUAAGUGAGGGUGAGAAACAUGCUCAGUAACAUUAAGCAUCAAACUAUGUGUAGCAGCAGGCAGUUUUUCUGUGAUAAAUACUUUGUAUUGGUUCAGAGAAACAGAAAUUACAAAACUUUCAAAUCACAAUGAGGCGGUGGUGUAGUUGUCACAUAUGUUGAAGUAACACCUACAUUUUCUGUUUCUUUUGGACCAUUUUGUUAUGUACAAGUUGGGCCUGAAUAACUCCAAAGAAUAAUCAACUGAAAUUCAAUUAAUGUGUGAUGGCUCACUUCAGGUUUGUGCUUGAGUGGAUUUUUUUUUUUGGCAGCUUUUGAAAGUAAAUGUAAUGAAACAACAAGGUCAAAUGUGCUGCUUGCUAUUUUAUUAUUGAAUAAAGAACUGCUGAUGUUA